UACAAUACUGUUCAGUUUUUCACUUUUACACCUAUAACCCAUUCAUUCCAUUAUUAUAACAUUUGUAUUGUGUUUGUUAUGUUGUGUGGUGUUGUCUUCUAAUUAUUGGAAAUCACUAUCUGGAAAGACCCAGGAACAGGUAGUUACUGUUUUUUCUGUUGUAACAAGGAGAAUAAUGGAUGCUAUAAGGAAGCAAGCUAGCAAAUUGAGGGAGCAAGUUGCCAAGCAACAACAGGCUAUACUUAGACAAUUGGGCCAAAUUAGCAAUGAACCUCUCAUGACUGAUGAAUUUGAACUUGAAUGUCACCAGCAACUUCAAAAGUUAUAUAAUUCUACAAAGACAGCUAAGCAUUUUCAGCGGCAUAUUGUUCGUGGUACUGAAGGAUUAAUCUCUAUUAGUUCCAAGCAGAUGGAGAUAGUAAGGAAGUUGGCUAAGGACUGCUGUAAGUAUGGGACUGAGAAUCAAGGUAGUAGUUACCCCCUUGCAAGGGCUUCUCUUCAAUUUGGUAAUUCAUAUGAUAUAUUGGAAAACGAGAGGGAGACUAUCCUUGGGAUCUUGGGUAAUCAGAUCUCUGAGCCACUGCGGGCGCAAAUAACAGGAGCUCCUUUGGAGGAUGCACGCCAUCUCACUCACCGUUAUGAUAAACUUCGUCAAGAGGUAGAAGCCCAGGCUGCUGAAGUUUUGAGGCGUCGAUCAAAGUUGAGGGAUUCUUCUAUUUCUGCAGAGAGUACCAUGAGACUUCAAAAUGCAGAAACAAGGUUUAAAGAGCUUAAAUCUGCCUUGGUAGCACUUGGUAGAGAAGCAACUGCUGCUAUGUUGUCAGUUGAAGAACAACAACAACAAAUAACUCUCCAGAGCCUCAGUACAAUGGUGGAUGCUGAGAGAGCCUAUCAUCAGCAUGCCCUUGUUAUUCUAGAUAAACUUUAUGCUGAGAUGAUUAUGGAGAGACAACCGAAAGAGUCUACAUCAUUUCCACUUCCAAGAGAUGGAUAUAAUAAACCUGCAGAUGAGAAUACUAAAUCAAAUGGCUUUGAUUAUAAACACAACAGUCAAACGGGGACAUAUUUUUUUGCAAAGGUCAUACAUCCAUUUGAUGCUCAAGCUGAGGGGGAGUUAAGUCUUUCAGUUGAUGAUUAUGUUGUAGUUCGUCAGGUUGAUCCCAAUGGAUGGUCUGAAGGAGAAUGCAAUGGCAAUGCUGGAUGGUUUCCCUCUGCUUAUGUACAGAGACAGGACUUAAUACCAGCCAACAAGAUAAUGGAAUAAUGUCAACGUGAUGGCAUCAUUGUUCUUUUGAUUAGGUGAGGAAAAAAUUGUAUAUUCUCGCAAUCACGGAAUAGGUGCAUUUGAAAAGUCAUAUCAUGUGUUUGCAAUUAUUUUUGGGUUUUUCUCUCAUCUGAUUGUAUAUGUGAGCAUAAAUUGUAAUAGGCAAUGGCAGUUAAAAUAUGUAGAUUAAUAUAUGAUUGGCAUUUGCUUAAGGUCAUUUUGAGGAACUUAGUGUUAGUGAUGGAAAGCUCAGUUAGGUGGAAAAAUGGUUCAAUUUCCGUUGUUCAUAUUCUAUACGAUGGUCUGUAAUUCUAAAUGAACAUAUGGCGAGAAACAUUGUAUUAAGAAUUCUUCCGAUGUAUCA